GCGCGCGUCUUUAGUGGUAAUUUUAACACUUGUUCAUGAUGAGCACUUUCUAAGAAUCCGCAAUUUUGCCCAAAGGGUUACGUGGGUGUUAUCGAGUAGGAAUGUGUGGAAUAAAAGCACGCACAGACCCCGCUAGAGAACAUUGGACGCACCGCAGAGAGUCGCACUUGAUUUUUUUUUUUCUGCGCUGAAUUUGACGUGCGUCAGAGCAACAGCACGAAGAUGGAUUUGUUGAUGAGGUUCAUCGUUCUCGUCUGUUUCUCCAUAACGAGGAUGUCUGCGCUUAAAUUUUUCCCUGAGAAAUUUGUAAUUGGUGAGAAGCACACAUCCGUUACCCUGACCUGUAAAACAAAUAAAGACAGUGUCACAUGGAAACGUGAGGACGCAGAUGGCAUUAUGGAUAUAGUGGAAUCAGAAUAUGAAAAACUCAGUGGUCGGCAUCUGACUGUGAUUGACCUGCAGAAAGACCAAAUCGGGAAUUACACCUGCUGGAGUGAUAAGGGUCUUGAAGACUACACCUAUCUCCUGCUUGACAAGUCUAAAGAAGCUACAGGUUUUAAAAUCAAUUGCACAGCUGAAACUUUUUCUUGCUCUAAACAAAUCAAAUGUACCUGGACCUCAGAUGAAUUUACUGCUUUCAGACUUCGCAAUGCAAGGGAUAAUGGAGAAUGGGUGUCACAGUCUGUGGAUGGGGUAUUUUUUCUCCCACAUUCAACAAAUUCCUAUUCUGAAGAAUCUGAGCGACUGCUCAUAACUGGAGAGGCAGUUUCCACUUGCUGCUAUAUGAAAACUGACUACAGCUUCUACCUCCGAGACAUCGUUAAGCCAGCAGAUCCAAACAUUUCAAUCUUCAAAGUAAAAAAUAAGGGGAGUGAUCAGCAAAUCAUAGAAGUGGAGGUGAUGCCUCCUUCUUCCUGGCCGCAGCCCUACAGUUUCUUUCCUCUGAAGCAUCAGAUCGAGUACCAGAUUCGACACAAUGGGGAGCUGAAGACUAAAGAAUGGGAGGAGGGGUCAAAGAUUAAAGUUGAAGGGCAAAUCAGUAAACUAAGGGUGCGCUGCAGAGACAUGCUGCUUCUCUCUGAGUGGAGCGAGUGGACCAUGUGGAAAAACGUAAACUAGUGCUUUACACCUCCCUUCCUCCUGAUCCCUUUAUUUAUAUCUCCUUUCCCAUUUUCCAGUUCCUUAUUUAUUUAUUUAUUUAUUUAUUUAUGUGUUUAUGUAUGAAUGAUCGUGGCACUGGUUACAUAUGACUGUUACACACUGUACAAAUGUAUGCACCAUGUCUCUGUCCUAUUAAACACCUUUGCUCUUC